AUGGAGAAUAGUUUUGAUAAAUUCCAAUCAUAUGCUGAUAAUUUUGAAAUUGAAUCACAGAAUGAAAAAAACGUUUCCCCAAAUAAAAAUAUUGUUAAUGAAAAUCCAUUAAGUUUAACAUCACCAAAUAAACUUAUUUGCAGAUCUCCUACAAAUCGAUAUUUGAAAACUAAUAAUAAUAGUAAUAGUAAUAAAAAAUUAGAUGAAAAUCAUAUGGUGACUAAACUCGAUCAUCAAACAACCAAAGAACAAAGAAAAAAGAAAAUUGAACAAUAUUUAUUGAAUCCAGGAUUAGUAAGUCAAAGAUCAUCGAAUAAGAAUAACAUUAAAUAUAAAAAGCAUAAUCCUAAUAAUAACACUAGCAAUGUGAAAUUUGAAACGUUGGAUGAAGAAAAUAAUGAUAUUUUUAAUGGUAAAGAAGAAUUUGAAAAAAGUAUACCUAUGCAAGAAAAUAAAUUGAUUAAAAAACCAAAUAUUAAAGAAAAGAAAAAAUUUAAUUCCAAUAAAAAUAGUCCCUUGAAAAAAACCUCAUCUGGGGACAAUCACAAGAAUGAAGAAACCAUUCAAGAUCAAACAAUCAAUAUAUCACCUCAUAAAAGCCCUGGUCCAUAUAAUCCAAUUGAAAAUUUAAUCUAUGAAAGAUUAAAUGAAUCCAAGAUGAAUGAAGACAUUUUUGUAGAGCUUACCAAUGAUGAAGAUCGGAAGAUUUGUCAUGAUAUUAGUGAAUUGAAUUUAAUGGAUUGGAUUAAAUUUAGUGAAGAAAUUAUGAAUGAAAAUCAAAUGAUUAUAAAUGAAAUAAUUCAAGAACGAAUUAAUAUUAGUUUAAAAUUCCAAGUGAUUACCAAUUUAAUUAAUCAAAGAGCAAUGAUUUUGAAUAAACAAGGGAAAUUGAUUGACAAAAAAGUAGAAAGAGUUAAAAAUUUAAGUAAUGAGAUAUUAAGAUCUUUAUAA